GUCCAUGUCAGUAGCCGCUAUGACAGCGACGCCAGCACUCGAUGUCAAUCGCACGGCGGUGGAAUGGAGUCCCAUCUACGGACGCUAUCUUACGGCCAGUGAGCCGGUUAAGCGCGGCGAACUGCUGAUCGAGGAGCAGCCCUUUGCCCUGGGUCCCAAAUGUAAUGGAUAUGUGCUGUGCCUCAAUUGCUACAGACCUGAAGUCCACGAACGUUGUGCCCUUUGCGGCUGGCCCCUAUGCGGCCCUUGCAGCGACGGAGAGGAAGAGGAGGAGAAUCAGCAUCUGCAACUGGAGUGCUCCGUGCUGAGGGCGGCAAGGGCGCGUUUCUAUGAGAUGCCAGCCGGCAGCAAAUAUUGGCCACAGCUGGACUGCAUCAUGCCACUGAGAGUACUGCUGGCUAAGGAGGCACAGCCGGAGCGUUGGCUAAAUGAAGUGGCGCCCAUGGAGCAUCAUGAGCUGGAGCGACGCGAGAAUGCGGACGUCUGGCAUGCGGACCGUGUGAAUAUUGCCCAAUAUUUGCGCGGUCCGUGCAAGCUGGCGGACCGCUUCAGCGAGGAGCUCAUCAUGCAGGUAGUGGGCGUGCUGGAGGUGAAUGCAUUCGAGGCACGCACUAGCCAGGGCUACCCCUUGCGCUGCCUGUUCCCCUACACGGGCAUAUUGGCCCAUAAUUGUGUGCCGAACACAGCGCGUACCAUUCAUCCCAGCGAGGGCUACAAGAUUCGCUUGCGUGCCAUGGUCGCCCUGGAAGAGGGCCAGCAGCUGCAGCACAGCUACACCUACACCUUGGACGGCACAGCACAGCGACAGGCGCAUCUGCGCGAGGGCAAAUACUUUGUGUGCAGCUGCGAACGUUGCCUGGAUGCCAGCGAACUGCAGACACAUUUCUCCAGCCUGAAGUGUGGCCAGUGCACCGAGGGCUGGCUGCUGCCCAAGCAGCCAACGGUCGUGGACAGCAGUUGGAGCUGCCGGUCGUGCGAUUACAGCACAAGCGCUGAGGAUGUGCGGCAAAUUGUGGACGCACUGCAGGCCGAGGUGAAUGCUGUGCAGGCUCUCGACAUGGGUCCCAAGCGUCUGGAGGAAGCGGAACGUUUGCUGCGCAAAUACAAAUCCCUGUUGCAUCCAUCGCACUACAUCGCCACCAGUUUGCGCCAGCUGCUCAUCGAGAUGUACGGCCGUGUGCAGGGCUACGAGAUGGUCCAGCUCACAGACCAGCUGCUGGAACGCAAGGCGAUUCUCUGCCGUGAUGUGUUGCGUGUGCUGAACAUCUUUGAGCCGGGCCUGAGUCGUGCACGGGCAAUGAAUCUCUAUGAGCUGCAUGUGCCGCUAGUGCUGCUGGCCAAAAGCGGCUUCAUAGCCAAUAAACUGAGUGGCGGUGAGUUGCGUGGGCAGCUCGUGGAUGCCAUUGAUCUGCUCAAGGAGUGUGUGGAGAUCCUCCAGCACGAGGAUCAAAACUCCCAGGAGGGCAUCCUCUGCAGUGUAGCCAGACAGGCGCUCCAACAGCUCACAAUCAGCGUCGAGGGCCUGGGCAGCGAACUGGACUAGAGUGGAAACAAAGCAAUUUGUAUUUAUUCAUAUGUUUAUUAUUAGACUUUUUGAAAACUA